AUGAAUGAUGAUUAUUAUCUUUCUCAUGGUCCUUUGCAUGAACAUAAUCGUAUAAUACCAGAACUAAGUUCUAGUUCACCAAAUUAUUUAUCUUAUUCAUUACCAGAAUUUCAUUCAGAAAAAACACCAAAAAAAAGUCAUGGAAAAUUCAAACAACAACAUCAUCGAGCAAAAACAAGUCUAUCAAAAACAAAAACACAAAUUACAGAAAAAGAAGCAAAAGAAGCUAUUAUGAGAGGUUCAGUUACUGAAACAGAUGAUAUUGAUAUAACAAAAUUAUCAGGUACAUCAACACUAUCCCAACAAGGUCGACGAUUUGGUGCUGAUGUUAAACCACCAUUUUCAUAUAUUGCUCUCAUAACAUUAGCUAUUGAAAGUUCACAAGAUGGUAAAAUGACUCUUAAUGAAAUCUAUAAUUUUGUUCAAGAACGUUAUCCAUUUUAUAAUGAACAAACAGCACAACGUUGGAAAAAUUCUAUACGACAUAAUCUAUCAUUAAAUGAUUGUUUUGUUCGAGUUCCUCGAACAUCAUCUGAUAAUUGCUUAUUAACAGGAAAUAAAAGUAAAGGUAGUUAUUGGACAUUACAUGAAAAUGCUAAAAAUAUGUUUGGUAAUGGUACAAGUUUUUUACGUCGACCAACUCGUUUUAAAACACGUUCAAAAUUAUCUCCAACUAAAUUAAUAAUUGCUUCAAGUUCAACAAAUAGUAGUUCAGGUGAAGGAGAAACAUCAUCUUCAUUUGAUUAUGAUCAUUUAUCAUCAACAACAUCAAAUAUAUAUUCACAACAUUAUCAUCAUGAUUAUUCAUUUGCUUCAACAUCAUCUUGGAUUCCUCCACCACCUCCACCCUUACGACAACAACAACAACAACAACAACCUGUUCAUGAUUCUUUCCAUAUGACACCAUCGUCUAUACAAUUUCCAGGUUAUACAGAACAAUUAUCAUCAUUUUAUGGUACACAAAAUAAUUCAAAUGUUUAUUAUAAUUCAAAUAAUCAUCGAUAG